UCUGACCAUUACAGAAUACGGACAGGACGAGUGAACUGUUCGAAAUCAUUUUUAAUUAAAUAAUAUAACCGGAUAAUCAUCUACCUCUUCGAACUUGAACCAUGGCGUCUCUGGUUAGCAAAGUUGGUCCUUUAGCUGGUCGAUUACUUGAAGAAGCCCGUCCAAAAUUCGAUGUAUUCAUGAAGUAUGCUAAAGUUGAACUUUCUCCACCUUCUCCUGCAGAUAUUCCCCAAAUAAGAUCAGGAAUUGCAAGGCUGGUACAAAGUGCAAAGGCAGGUGCAUGGAAGCAAACUACAGUUCGAGAAGCAUGGCUUAAUACUUUGGUAACAGUAGAAGUCUUAUGCUGGUUCUAUGUUGGAGAAUGCAUUGGUAAACGUCACAUCGUUGGUUACCAGGUGUAAAUUUAUGCGAAAAAUUAAUAAUUGUAGUUGUAAUGUUUAAUCAUCUAAAUUAAAUGUCUACAAAAAUUUGUAGAAUUAAAAUUGUAAAAGUA